AUGGCGGCGAAAGGUACGAUUCCUGCUUUCAAUACCCUUAAGGAGUGUAUGGAAUUUCUUUAUUGGUUGAAAGAUGACAAGACGGGUAUGCAAAGCAGCGUUGCCAAUCGACUGAAAAGGCUGCUUAAAAACAGAUAUAAAGGUUUUACUCAAAGUGAAAUUGAAAGAGCACUUUCCAUAUUCCUUAGCGGAGUAUCCAAGUUUCAUACGAAAUUAUGCAAAAAUGCUCGCGGUCAUUACCUUGGUAAUAAAAGCCCUAGGGAUGUACUCUACGCUCUGUUAGCAUGUAUUCCCAGAUUGCUUUCCGCUAUAUAUUUCCUGCGCUACAAAGUUGACGCUAAUUUCAAAGCACUUGGUGGUGGGGGAUGGGCCGAAAACCAGGUUGGAUUGGUCGCACGAUCAGUAUAUUAUGGCAGUCAGAUUGAUAAAUAUCUAAUUGCAACACAAACGAAUGGUUACGGUGUAAUCCCUGGAGGAUUUGCGCCACGUGAGCUGAAUAUGGGUCAUAGGAGUGGUUAUUCCCCUGGUAGUAAAAUGAUGCCUGACCUUAUAGAUAUUUCAGAAAAACAUGGUCGUGGAUUCAACGUAUUUCUCGAUGUAUUCGUCACUUCGGUGUUUGGUAAGCAUGGCGCUGAUAUGUCCAAUGUUGCGAACGCUCUUCGGUUGGUGCAAGACUUUUGUGGGAUUUUCGAAAAAGUUAGGGAUGAGGACGAUUUCAAAAAUAAUUUACAAGCCAGGCAUCAUUGCAUUGCUUGGCGAGACUUACAACAACAUUGCAGCAAACUAAAAAAGUCCCUUGAAAAAAUAUUCAACGGAAACCGAUUCUCUUUCACCGGGUAUGCGCGCGAACCUCAAUAUCUUUCCACGGAAAACAUUGCCAAGAAAAUGGCCAAGUGGUUCAAAACACAUUUAAGUGAUGUGAUGGAACAAUUGAAGUCAAUCGAACCCUUUGACAGUACGAAAAAAUAUCCGCUGAGUGGUAAACACAUACGGAAAGGUAACACCCUGUCUGGGGGAUAUCCCGAAGCUUUUAUGGCAUAUUUUACAAAUAACUUCAUACGCUACGGAUUCACAUUAUAUCAUAACAAUUAUAAAGUGGAGACUACCCCCUAUAAAGAUUUGUUUGACAGUUGGAAUGGUGCAAUCCAUGAGCUCAAGAAAACGAAUGACGGUUUGGACGGACUCGUGAGAAUUUUGAACGGCAACCAGUGUGCGAGUAGACACAAGGAUGAGAAGCCUGAGAAGAAGCCUAAGCCUACGCCAGAGCCUCGGCCUGGGCCUGAGAUUGAGCCUGAGCCUGAGCCUGCGGAUGAGGAUGAGUAUUAUCUUGACUCUGAGCCUGAUUCUGAUGAAGAAUUGAUGAAUGAAGAAUCCGAUGAGGAAUUACCUGAAACCAAAAGCGAAGCGCCCAAAACCGAGGCCGCGAAGCCUGUGGUCACCAAAGGCGACGCAACUCCAAACCAGGGCAAGAAAGCUGAGGGAGCGCAGAACCAGGGCAAGAAAGCGGAGGGAGCGCAGAACCAGGGCAAGAAAGCGGAGGGAGCACAGAACCAGGGCAAGAAAGUGGAGGGAGCACAGAACCAGGGCAAGAAAGUGGAGGGAGCACAGAACCAAGGAAAUGGUCACAGUGUGGGAAAUACUUCUAGUUCACCAGUUGCAAAGGCAGUACAAAGUCAGCCUUCAAGUGUUCCAAGUGCGGACUCUGGGUCAUCUGGUGCCUCUGGUUCCAGUGGUGGUCAGGGGCAGGAUGGCCAGACGGGUUCUUCUGCGCCUGUUCAAGGAAGCGGUCAAAGUACAUCGCAAGAUCCUACGACCGAUGCUACUACGGCAUACACUGGCUCGGAUUUAGGUUCAGGCGCUGGUGGAGCUGGGGGGAGUGGACCAAAGGCGAGCGUUGCUGCCUGUCCUCCGGGUAAAUCUUCUUUUAACUUUGGCAGCAUGAAAUUCUGUGUUGAAAAACCAAACUUUCAAGAUGAAGAUAAAGUUUUAGAUGCUCAAAGACAAGGAAUGCUGGAAACGGAGUAUAAAGAUUUACGAGAAAUACAUUCAAAACGAAAUUCACGUAUUGAUUCCCUCACUUCGAAAAGCCGUUCCAGCCAUUCCACUUCCAGACGCUCCCUUCAGUCUACCGGUGAACAUAAUGCUCAUGAGCGUGAUUACUACGAACUAAGGGGAAGGGAUAGAGGGCAGGGAGAUUAUAUUAUUCUCGGCGGCGACGCCAUAGAGGAUCAGUCCUACAAACGACGUGAGAAAGAACGAAAACAAAAGGCAGUAGAGGAGCAAAAAAAAUUGUGGGAUUUGGAAGCGAAGCGAGAGGAAAAUAGGUUAAGGGAAGCUAUGCAAAGGGGACUAUUAGAGGACGUUAUGGAGGAAGUGGUUGAUAAGGACGAGAUGAUUGUCGAUAUUAAGGGUGUGGUGGAUAUGGACGUUGAGGGGACCGAUGUGUCUGGUGGUGACGAGGAGAUAAUCUAUGUCGACGGAAAUGAUAUUGCAGAGAACCGCAAGACUAUCGCUGAAGUUAAGCCCGCCAUUUUUAACGUUGAUGGGCAUGAAGCAAUUAUUAGCCAUGGAAAUACAGCAGUGUCAUCUUCUGAUGACUACGAAGUGUUAGGCCUAGACGGUGCAGCAAUUAACACAUAUGCUAUGCCAAAUAUGGAGCAUGUAGACGAAGAAAUUCCGUUAGGAUUUGUCGGAAAUGCGGUUCGUGAUAUUAAUAAGCCUGUAUUGCCCAAUUUUAAAUUUGGCAGUAAAGUGGACGGUCAUGUUUAUGACGACGGCUCUGACGGUGUAUUCGAAAAACAGGUGGCAGCGAAGGCAAAAUGGCAAGAAGAGCAGAAAAUCCGCUUUCUGAAAAUGAUGCAGGAAGACAUUCAAGAUCAGCUGGCAAAGUCAAAUGACCAUGCAAUGUUUACGUCAGGUAGUGUACUUCCACAUUCGUUUCCCUUGGAUGGGAUAGUGGUGAAAAGUGACGCAGACACCAAUGACUCGCAGCCAGAUGACUCAGAACAAAAGCUGUUUCAAAAAUAUAUGCAAGGAAAUACUCUGCAUGGCUCCGUUAUACAGAAUAGAGAGUAUAAACCUUUUUUGACGCGAGAGCCAUUUGCUUCCCACGGCAGCGUAAUCAAUGAUACUUCUAGAAAUAACCCAGCCUAUGAAAAGAUGUUCGCUGACAGUAAACAUGAACUUAAUAAGCGAUUCAAAGAUGCUAGAAAAAAACAGGAUAACCUAGAAGCAACUGUAAGAGCCAUAUCUCAGAAGACGUUAUAUAAAGACCUUUUCAGAGGCGGUGAUGUCCACAUUACUCAUCAACUAAAACCUGCAUACACUGACACAGUCGACACUCUCGAUAUCUAUGUCCCACCACAUAGCCGAACGAUUUCAGAACGUCCCGAUCCUAACAUUGUUCAGCAUAGUCUGAACCGCACAACGCCGCAAAUGACUAUUGAAAUUCCAGAUAGAAUGUCUAGCAAUUUGGAUGAUCCAUCAAACUCUGGUUUUAGGCCUACGCAUUUAGCCUUCGACUUCCAACGAGACGACCCACUGUUCUCUAGGCGUUUAGAUCCUAUAGUACCUGGAGUUUUGAUUGAGAACGCACAACGUGGCACUCCCAGAAAACAAGACGAUCCCAAUUAUUUAGAUCUUCAAAUCCAAGUCCCCGACCGUACGCUACAAGACUCUUCAUAUGACAUAGACCUGGGAUACGACCCUCCACCUCCCCCAAACAUCAAACCGAUUGAACCAGUGUACUCAGCUACUCCCGCCAUCAAUCUCACCUUCCCACCAGUAGUUGAUCCAAAACUUAAGCCACCCGAAGACUUCGAUAAAAAAACCAUCAAACAUCCUGACAUUACACUAUGCCUCGCUCCCUGGACAACCCAGACACCCACUCCUGGCUCCACCGAUAUCCCCGAGACGGAGCUGUUCCCCUCCGAGGCGCCGCGCACCGUACGGGAGAUGCUUCAGUGGCUAGCUGGACUUAGGCACCCAAAGCAUCAUAGCACUCUCACAGAAUGUUUUAACAAGGCCUUUAGUGGCUUACAUCAUGAACCUUCACACCUUGCGCUAUUCAUCAACCACACCAAAGUCAGACCCACAGAUGUCUUCGACAUACUCCAGCUUACCGCCAUGUUUGCAGGUUCAGUGCUCACAUCCAUCGCACCUAACUGGAUAGCAAGUCUGUCAUCAAGAGCUGUGAAGCCUAUGUCCUCUACCCAAUCCGACGAGCCUGAUUGCUGCGCCCUCCUCUGCCAGCUGCGUGACUACGCAUACGCCUGCCACCACCAGUUUCAGUUCCUCAAGGCGCAGUGUAAUAGAAACUCCACGUAUGGUGGUUGGCAGAAUUGUAACUACGGCAGUGACAUCACUGCUUCUAACUCCCCCCUCCAGGCGUUCCUGACCGACGGCUGGGACUCCACCUUCGAGACGCACCUCUUCGACCCGUGCAACCUGUGCCUCAAGAGCCGCGUCAGGAUGGGAUUUAGGGAUGAAGACUUACCGAGUAGUCAACAAACAGGCAACACCCUUUCCACUAUCCUCACUCCCAGCUGCGGCGGUGAGGACCCCUUGCUGACACUGUGCUCCUACCUCAACUGCCUCACCAGGCGGACGCCGCGCACCACCGGGGAGCUUGUGUCGUUCUUCCACAAUUUCGGGAAUGAGAUGCACGGGUAUGCUUCAAAGUCAUUGUCUCCACUAGGAAACUCACUCCGCACUCCGCAUCUCGACUGCCCUGACUGGGACCAUCUUGGUCGCCACGACCUCCAAGCUGUCAGUGGCGUCCGAGGUACAGAGUCUCUCAACUCCGUCUCCAAUCACAACCACGACAAUGCACAUCCCCGUACCCUGUCCACACUGGUUGGCUGCGGUAGUGACCCUGACAGCUGCCAUCCACGUAUGUCUCCCAUCACCUACCGGGCCUACGCCCUGUACUCCCAGAGCUUCGCCCACACCUACCUCAGCUGGACGGUGUACCUGCCGGACAGACUGUGGGAGUCACUUGAAAAAAUGUACUAUGAUCUAAAGAAGCAUAAUUGCUUCGAUGGCAAAUCCCUCCACUCAUGUCCCGUUGCGCUGCCCCUCCUCUACACUCACGGGUUCACGCCGCCGGAGGUGGGAUCGCAGUUGCCACUCACAUGUCAACAGAUUAUCGCAAAGCUGAAGGAAAUUGUCAACGGCAAGCCUAUCGCAUCACUCAUGACUGCCAUGGACAAUUUCCUCUACAACAUCCGAGAGCCAUUCAUCUUCACGCUCGUCGCACUGUGGUCCACAGCAUUACUCAUCUUCGCCAACACGAUGCUGUACCGCAUCGACAUACUCCACAUCAGGUCACAUCUUAUCCGCACCAAGGCCUCCCAUCUCAUCGACGUCAAGGCGCUGCUCUCCGACAAUAAGAAGAUGAUGUCCCUGUACGACGCCAAUUACUUCGACGACGACCCCAACGAGCUACUCAACUUAAAGUAG